CCACCGUUCCUUCCUGAUUCCGUCCACUUAUCAUUGAGCCCGAAACGUCACGAGCGCCUUCUCUGCCUGCACGCACGAGAGAGACAGCACCGCUCCUUGCACACAGUUAGGUUGGAAAGAACCAGAACCAUGUCUAUCCUGAAGAUCCACGCUCGUGAGAUUUUUGACUCCCGUGGAAACCCCACUGUGGAGGUUGACCUGUACACCAAGAAAGGUCUUUUUAGAGCUGCAGUGCCCAGCGGUGCCUCCACGGGCAUCUAUGAGGCUCUGGAGCUCCGCGACAAUGACAAAACACGCUACAUGGGCAAAGGUGUCUCUAAAGCCGUUAAUCAUAUCAAUUCAACUAUUGCACCUGCACUGGUUAGCAAGAAUGUGAGUGUCCUGGAUCAGGCCAAAGUCGACAAGCUGAUGCUGGACAUGGAUGGCACAGAAAACAAGUCUAAGUUUGGUGCCAAUGCCAUCCUGGGCGUCUCCCUGGCUGUAUGCAAGGCUGGUGCUGCAGAGAAAGGUGUCCCCCUUUACCGCCACAUUGCCGACCUAGCUGGCAACUCUGAAGUCGUCCUCCCUGUCCCUGCUUUCAACGUCAUCAAUGGCGGCUCCCAUGCUGGUAACAAGCUGGCCAUGCAGGAGUUCAUGAUCCUGCCUGUCGGUGCCAGCAGCUUCAAGGAGGCCAUGCGUAUUGGUGCUGAAGUUUACCACAAUCUGAAGAAUGUCAUUAAGGAGAAAUAUGGCAAAGAUGCAACUAAUGUAGGAGACGAGGGUGGCUUCGCUCCCAACAUCCUGGAGAAUAAGGAAGCUCUGGAGCUGCUGAAGAAUGCUAUCUCCAAAGCUGGUUACACUGACAAGAUUGUGAUCGGCAUGGAUGUGGCUGCCUCUGAGUUCUACAAGGGUGGCAAGUAUGACCUGGACUUCAAGUCACCUGACGACCCCAGCCGCUACAUCUCCCCUGACAAGCUGGCUGACCUCUACAAGAGCUUUGUCAAAGAUUACCCUGUCGUGUCCAUUGAGGAUCCCUUUGACCAGGAUGACUGGGAGGCGUGGAGCAAAUUUACAGCAAGCACUAGCAUCCAGGUUGUCGGUGAUGACCUCACUGUCACCAAUCCUAAACGCAUCUCAAAGGCUGUGGCUGAAAAGGCCUGCAACUGCCUGCUGCUUAAAGUCAACCAGAUCGGCUCGGUCACAGAGUCCCUGGAUGCCUGCAAGAUGGCUCAGAGCAACGGCUGGGGAGUGAUGGUCAGCCACCGCUCUGGAGAGACAGAAGACACCUUUAUCGCUGACCUGGUGGUUGGUCUCUGCACUGGACAGAUCAAGACAGGUGCGCCUUGCCGAUCUGAGCGCUUGGCCAAGUACAACCAGCUGCUCAGGAUUGAGGAGGAGCUCGCAGACAAGGCCCGCUUUGCUGGCCAAAACUUCAGGCACCCCAUCUGAGCAGGUCCUCCUUCAUGGGCCCCUGUGUGUUCAUUGCUCAUAAGAUAUCCCCACAUGUAUACGCCACGCUAGAUCGCCUGCCCUGUCUGGAGAGAAGAUGAAGAGAGCAUAGCUGAAAUCCAAGGUUUAAGUCUGUGGCGUGGAGGAGCUACAGUACAUGAUAAAGAACUACAGUUCAGCUCCCCCUCAAACUCUGCUUUCGCUCCUGAAUAGUGUAGGGCCUUUCUGUUCGUGUCUGUGUAACUAUGUGAGAGAUUUUUGUUUAGCUUCUUGUGAGUUGUAGUGAUUUGUUGAGUAUCUGAGCUACUGUAACUUUAGUGCGAUUCUGCUUCAAGCAGAGAUAACACUACUGUAUGUGCAAUGUGUCGCAUCUGACAAGGUCUUGUGUUGCUGUAAGCGUUGGCAGAAACAUGAAAUAAACAACAUAGUUUGAAA